AUGUUAUAAGCACAUUUAAACUUUGACAAUUUAAGUAAUAAUUAUAGCUUACCUAAAAUUAAAUCAUUAGAUUUACUAAAACCUGUUUCUUUAAAAGCUAUGAAUAACUUUCAUAUACCAGAUCGUAAAAUUUUAUAACCAAAUAUGAAACCGAAGAAAUCAUAAUUGAAAGAUGUUUUAUAAGAAUUGAAUAAUAAAAAUAACUUUAAUUUUUAUGUACAUACUUAUAAUAGAACACCAACUUUAGAAAAAGAAAUCACAAAUAAAAUACCUAAAAUAAAAUUAAAAAUUAUACCAAGAGAAGAAAAUGAUUCUAAAUUAAGUUUGGAUAAGUUUACUUUUAAAGAUCCAAAUACUCCUCGCCCAAAUAAGAUUUAUAUGAAAUAAAAAGGAUAAGAUAAUUAAUAAAAAAGCUUAUGUACAAAUAGUAAAGUAUCAUUAAAAUUGAAAACAUAAUAAAUGGAAUAAUUAAGAAAUGUAUAAUCAACUGUUCUUUAUUAUUUAUCAAAAUAAAAUGAUAAAUUGGAUCAUCAUUUUGAUUAACUUGAAAAUUAAUUAGUAUUUUGA